UUUAUUUUUUGUUCGGUGAGGAAUAUAGAGUAAUGGCGGAGACGAGGUUCUAAGUUCUAAACAAAUUCGGUCUCUGGCGCGAUGGGGCGAGAACACUCUAGGGUUUCUCCCUCCCGUGAAUGCCACGUCGAUGACUAUCGACGCUCCCGCCUGAGCCCGAUUUCCGAGAGUCCGCCUCGCCGAGCACGCAGCCCUGCUCCCGUUCACCUUCGCCAUGACGGUGGCCGCCGGAGAUGGUCGCCGUAUCAUGACCGCCCGACCUCACUUAGGUCUGAGGGCGAAAAUUCAUCCGAGGAUGAGGACCUCAAAGGCUUGAGCUACUUCGAGUAUCGUCGGAUCAAACGCCAGCGUCUCAGGAAGAAACUUAAGAACUGUAUAUGGAGGGUCACGCCUAGCCCUCCAGGUAGUGAUAGGGAGCUGUCGGAGCCACCGCAGGAAGAACCCGAACGGAGUGCCGAUCCCCCAUUAGAGGAUGAUAACAUGAAGAAAAAGGAGUCCGAAUCUGAGGGUUCAGAUGACAGCAGCGGUUCUUCCGACGAUUCUGAUUCUAGAUCUGAGAGUCCUCGCUCCAAAAGCAGAAGUAGAAGAGGAAGGGCCUCUCGGAGACGAAGGUACUCAAAUUCAAGCGAGAGUGCGAGCGAAACUGAUAGCGAUGCUUCUUCUGAUUAUGAUUCAGGGAGUUAUUCUGAUUCCUUGAGCGAUUCAGUUGAUCAAUCGAGGAGGAGGAAGAGCAGUUCAGGAAAGCGAAGAGGGAACAGGAAGGAAAGCGUGCGUUCUAGAGCCAAGAGGAAGAGGUCGUCUAGAAGUAGUAGGAAGAAGAGAAGCAGGAAAGUGGCUUCGGAUUACAGUGAUAAUUCUGAUUCUGUGUCCAGUCCUAGAGCCAGGAAGAGGAGGACCUCAAAGAAGAAAAAAAGUAAGCAGCCUAAAUCGGUUAACUUGUCUGAAUCAGAGCCUGAUGUCGGAGCUGCUGACGCUAAUAAACCUGAGAUUGAUCCUGAAGCCGUGAAAUUCAUGGAGAUGAUUGAAUUGCAGAAGAAACAGGCUUUGGAUGGUGAGCUUCCUGUAGGUCCUAUGCCUCUUCCACGUGCAGAAGGCCACAUAAGCUAUGGUGGGGCUCUGAGGCCAGGAGAAGGAGAUGCCAUAGCCCAAUAUGUACAGCAAGGCAAGCGUAUUCCAAGGAGAGGAGAGGUCGGUCUUUCUGCUGAGGAGAUUCAGAAAUUUGAGGACUUAGGCUAUGUGAUGAGUGGAAGCAGGCACCAGAGGAUGAAUGCUAUUCGUAUAAGGAAAGAAAACCAAGUAUACAGUGCUGAGGAUAAAAGGGCAUUAGCCAUGUUCAAUUAUGAGGAGAAGGCCAAGCGCGAACACAAGGUCAUGGCUGACCUGCAAAGGUUGGUGCAGCGGCAUAUUGGGCAGGAUAUGGGUCCUACUCAUGAUCCUUUUGCACCUAAGACUUUAGAGGGUGAUGAUGCUUGAACUUGUUUUUUUAUGACAUUGAUUAUAUAGGGUUUAAGUUUGGAUUGCUACCUUAUCUAGAAUUGUGAUCUGCUUAUCCCACUGGAUCUCUGGAGAAACAAAUUAUUUCUGAACAAAUUAUGGGCUUGAAUAUAUGUAUUAUAUGUAUCAUCCGAGUACUUAGUUUCCAGUUCUUAUUGAAUGGAUAUGCUAAAAAAGACAUGAUAUUUUAUUGAUUUAGCUUUUGCAGUUCUAGAAUGUAGCAUGCUUGCAAUGGUAAUUGUACACUUAAUGUACCAUAAAUUUUAGAAACAAUGAGAAACAAUUCAGGAGUA